AUGUCCAACAAAGUAGCAGACAUCUGCUACGAAAUUGCUGUAAAAGAACAGAAGGAGAAAGACUUGGAAAAUCAUAUAGAUCAAGAGCUGAAAUUCGCAAGUGGCCCCUUGGCAACAAGUAUGGAUGAUGUUUUGCAUGCUAAUAAAAUACCAAGACAACAAUAUCAUGGGAAAAGCUUCGUUGGAAAUCAUGUUCACAAAGCCUGCAAGAUUAACAUCAUUGACAAAUUGAUGACUGGUAUGAACUCUGCCCUUAAAAAUGAGCUAGAAGAAUGCCCGAUCAGCUCAGCAAAAAUUCUAAACACAGCUUUAGAAAAAAUAAAAAAGAAGCACACACCAGUUUUUGAAACAUUUGCUAAGGUACACACGUUAAUAAACCACACACGACCUGUUAAUCCAACUGAACUGAGAGAAUAUG